AUGCCGUCAUUUUGUGCCUGUGGGAUGCCCAUUUUCCUCAGUCUUUUCCUGAUUUCAUUUACACCACAUUGCAAUGGAGGAAACAUUCUUGUGGUUCCUGUAGAUGGCAGCCACUGGGUCAAUCUGAAAAUCCUUCUCGAAGAACUUCAUGCCAGUGGACACAACCUCACUGUGAUCAGGCCGUCUACCAGCUGGUACAUCUCUGAAAAGUCUGAUCUUUACACAUCCAUUACAAUUGAAAUGGAUGAAGAUCUUGAGCAUUUUUUAGAUGGGUCCAUAGAGGAAUACAUCAGGAUGCAAAGAGAGCGAGCUUCACUGCUGAAUUCCUUCAAAUGUAUAAAAAAAUUCCUCUCUAUGAUUUUUCAAUUCCAUUCAUUGUGGUCUGAGUUCAUAAAUCAAAUCCUUGAUGAUCAAAAUAUGGUGAAAAUAUUAGUAGUUUCCCAGUAUGAUCUGCUUCUAACUGAUCCUGCCAUGCCAUCAGGGGCUGUUCUAGCCAAAUAUCUCAAACUUCCAUUAGUACUUUAUGUACACUGGAUCCCUAGAGGGGAAGGCCACUUUGUGUUGACCCCUUCGCCACUCUCGUAUAUCCCGGUGCUAGGAUCUGGUUUAACAGACCAAAUGAGCUUUAUUCAGAGGAUCAAAAAUAUAUUUUUCUAUAUCUUUACCUUGUUCCAGCAGAACUUUAUUUUUCUGCCAAUCUAUGAUGACAUGUGUAAUAAGUAUAUUGAGGGUGGAUGUGAUGUCAUCUCAGUACUACAGGAAGCAGACAUUUGGUUGUUCAGAUCAGAUUUUGUGUUCGAGUUCCCUCGCCCCACUAUGCCAAACAUAGACUAUAUAGCAGGAUUUCAGUGCAAACCAGCUCGGCCUCUGCCAGCAGAGCUGGAGGAGUUUGUUCAGAGUGCCGGGAAGCAUGGAGUCAUCAUCACGAGCCUGGGAACUUAUGUCGAUGCUUUGCCCAAAGAGGUUACAGAUGAAAUCGCCAGCGUGUUUGCGGAGAUGCCCCAGAAGGUGAUCUGGAAGCAUAAAGGAGACCGACCCUCUACACUGGGAAACAACACACUAAUAGUCGACUGGAUGCCACAGAAAGAUCUUCUGGGUCAUCCACAGACCAAAGUCUUUGUAGCCCAUGGAGGAACUAAUGGUGUCCAGGAGACCAUUUACUAUGGGGUCCCUGUGCUCGGCAUACCCUGGUUCUUCGACCAGUAUGACAACCUUCUACGACUGCAGGAGAGAGGAGCUGGAAAGAUUAUUCAGCUGGCUGAUGUUAAUGGCCACAGUUUUGAGCAAGGCCUCAAGGAAGUGAUCCAUCAAGAGAGCUACAGGCAGAACAUUCAAAGACUGUCACGUUUGCACAGAGAUCAGCCAAUAACACCCAUGGAGAAGGCAGUCUUCUGGGUAGAAUAUGUGAUGCGCCACAAAGGGGCUCGUCACCUGCGUACAGAAGCUUAUAAGAUGCCCUGGUACUCUUACUACUGUUUAGAUGUACUGUUCAUAUUGCUGUCUGUGGUCACUGUGCUGCUUCUCUCUAUUGUGGCUGUUUUCAGAUUUCUGUGCCGCCAAAGACAAAGAAAGAUAAAAACUAAACAAAGCUAA